AAAUGAGAGGUGGAUGUGAAAAUUUAAGAGCAGAGGAUGAAAAGAAUAAUAAAAAAGAUGCGGCUACUGGUUGGAAUAUCCUUCAGCAUCUCUUACCACACCUUCUUUUUCUCUACCUUUAAUAUUUUUUCUUGUUUAAAAAGCAUCUUCUUCUUCUCCCUCCUUCCUCAUCAUCAUCCUUCGCACCUUAACCAUCCAACAUAUUCAUCCUCUCUAUUUCUCAGUAUAUACAUUCAUAGAGAAAGAGAUAUACAGAUUCUCUUCCUCCAAACCACCCAAAGCCUUAAAUAUCAUAUUCUAUAAUAUAUAUAUUUGUGUGAGCCUUACGUAUGGAUUCUCGUACAACGUUAAUAUCCGCUACGGCGGCGAGCCUGUGUUUUAUAUUAUGUAUCUGCAUGACGAACGGUGAGCUUCAGAGAUUUAUUGAGCCUGCGAAGAGCGACGGUUCCGUUAGCUUCAUAACCAUCGGUGAUUGGGGUCGCCGUGGCGACUACAAUCAGUCUGUUGUGGCCUACCAGAUGGGAAGGGUUGGAGAAAAGAUUGGUUUAGAUUUCGUGGUGUCCACGGGAGAUAACUUCUACGACAAUGGAUUGUUUAGUGAACACGAUCCUAACUUCAGAGAGUCUUUCUCCAACAUCUACACUGCUCCAAGUCUUCAGAAACAGUGGUACAGUGUCUUGGGGAACCAUGAUUACAGAGGCGACGCAGAAGCUCAGCUAAGCUCUGUUCUCAGAGAAAUCGACAGCCGUUGGACCUGUCUCCGAUCCUUCAUCGUCGAUGCAGAGUUGGUCGAGAUCUUCUUCGUUGACACGACUCCUUUCGUUAAAGAAUACUAUACAGAAGAAGAUGGUCACACGUACGACUGGCGUGCGGUCCCGUCCCGGAACUCUUAUGUUAAGUAUCUCCUCCGUGAUGUCGAAGCUUCUUUGAAGAGAUCUAAAGCCACGUGGAAGAUUGUGGUUGGACACCACGCAAUGAGAAGCAUUGGUCACCAUGGAAACACUGUUGAGCUAGUUGAAGAGCUUUUGCCGAUUAUGAAGGAGAACGGUGUUGAUCUUUACAUGAAUGGACAUGACCACUGUCUUGAACAUAUCAGCGAUGAAGACAGUCCUAUUCAGUUUUUGACGAGCGGUGCUGGUUCCAAGGCUUGGAGAGGAGAUGUUGACCCGACCACCAACAAUCCUAAGUCUGUGAGAUUUUAUUACGAUGGUCAAGGGUUCAUGUCUGCUAGAUUCACUCACUCAGAUGCAGAGAUUGUCUUCUACAAUGUCUUUGGUGAGGUUUUGCACAAAUGGGUUACUUCUAAGGAGCUUCUUCAUUCCUCUGUUUGAUCAGAAGUCUAAAUAAAUUUUUGUUUCCUUGUAAUUUUUGUAACAUAUCUUUCAAGUCCUAUUGCAGGCUAGGUAGGCUUCCUGCUUAGUUUAGCAUCAAUUUAGCUAUAGCUUAUCCCAAUAAAAAUAUUAUUUAAAUGUAAUGUAAUGUAAUGAUUAUCUUCUUAAUAUUAUAGUCAUUAAUGUUAUAGUCA